AUGUAUUUUCCAUCUGCUAAUUUCUACAGGAAAGAUUUUACUUCAGUGAUACUGUAUUGCCUGUGUUUGAAAGUGGAAUCCCCUUUUGAAGCAAUGGCUUCAGCAACUUCCAGAAUCAUCGUUGCAUUUCCUGAUGAUGGAGCUUGGAAACGAUUCCACAAGUUGUUCGAUCAUUUUCCUAUGGUCAUCUGCAACAAGGUUCGGGAAGGAGACAAGAGAAUAGUCAGAAUAAAGGAGGGUAACCCUGCGGGCUGCCAUGUUGUUAUCGUUGACGACUUGGUGCAAUCUGGUGGCACCUUAAUUGAGUGUCAGAUGGUAGGAACAACAGUAGAUAGACGCGGGAUCUACUCAUCUUUGCCGUUGGCGGAGCGCUCGACUCUCAAGCGCGAUGAGAAGGUAGCAUUCCAACGUGAUGGAGUUGGGAAAGCUCAUCUGAGAAUUAAAGCAAGUUCUAUAUGGGACACUGAAUCUCAUCCCGUGGUAGACACUACAUCUAACACAUGUGUUCUUCAGCGAACUGCUAAUUAG